UUCCGUUUCAGUCAUACCACGGCGUUCGCGUUUAUCAGUACUUAACUGGUUUAUAAUAUACUUGGAACCGGUAUUUGUAACUAAUGCGCGAUUGACCGGUGGCUGCUGGCGCCAUUUCUAGGUUGCACGUCCGAUUAAUUUCCCCAAGUUCUAGGACGAGUAAACAUACGGAAAAUGAUUACGACAGAUUUUCACCUGAUUAUUAUCAUCAUGAGCCUGCUGCUUGGCGGCUUUCUCCUUACCGGAAGUCGCCGGCACUUCAUUUACGUGCUCUACAAAACGUUACCUAGAGAUAUUUUGGGUGCUUAUCGAUUUUUUCAAUUUAACUUACGUCUUUGGUGGUGGGAAAAACGCGAAUAUACCGUUGCAAAGAUUUUCUCAAAGUAUGCAGUAGCUCAUCCGAAUAAAGUGGCUUAUAUCUUCGAGGACAAAGAAUGGACGUACGAACAGUUGGAACACUUCAGCAAUCGCAUAGGACGUUACUUCCGCACCAGAUCAUUUUCUCAUUCUGAUAGUAUAGCACUAUUUAUGGAAAAUCGUCCUGAAUAUAUUGCUACCUGGUUAGGUCUUGGUAAAGCCAAUUUGGUAGCGGCUCUAAUUAAUACGAAUUUACGUCGUGAUGUACUUCUGCACAGCAUUAACGCUGUCGGAUGCAAAGCUGUUAUUUUCGGGUCAGAAUUUAAGGAUGCAAUUUGUGACAUCAAAGAUAAAAUACCUAAUAUUGAGCUUUAUCAAUGGUCGGAAUUGGACACAUCGAUUUUGGAAGGUGCGAUUGACCUUAACACGAAAAUCAGUAAUAUUGAUCCUGGAUCUCUGAUCAUACUUGAUCAUGGCAGUCCCCGGGAUAAAUUGAUUUACGUCUAUACAUCUGGUACGACGGGAAUGCCAAAAGCUGCUGUUAUUAAUAAUUUAAGGUACAUGUUAAUAACGUGUGGCGUGAAUUCAAUGCUUAAUCUACAGUCAGAUGAUCGAAUUUACAAUCCUCUGCCUCUUUAUCACACUGCAGGUGGCAUAAUUGGAGCAGGUCAAGCACUCAUAGGAGGUGUCACCGUUGUGCUUUGUAGAAAAUUUAGUGCGUCCAAGUAUUGGUCGGAAUGUGUUCAUUACGAAUGUACUGUAGCGCAAUAUAUUGGAGAAAUCUGCCGUUUUCUUCUUACAGUUCCAUCAAAUGAGUACGAUUCAAUGCAUAAAGUACGCUUAAUGUUUGGAAAUGGUCUGAAGCCACAAAUUUGGAAACCUUUUGUUAAGAGAUUUGGCGUGAAGCAAAUAGGCGAGUUUUAUGGAGCCACAGAAGGAAAUUCAAAUCUCGUCAACAUUGAUAAUAAAAUUGGUGCUGUUGGUUUUAUACCAAGAUAUGCUAGCAGUUUGUAUCCAGUUGCACUGUUGAAAAUUGAUGAAGAAACAGGAGAAUUGCUGAGAGGAUCAAAUGGAUUCUGCAUACCUUGUAAACCUGGUGAGCCUGGCGUUUUUGUAGGUAAAAUUAAUUCAAAAAAGGUGAUAAACGACUUCAGCGGCUAUGCUGACAAAAAGGCUUCAGAACAAAAAAUUGUACAUGAUGUCUUUAAGAAAGGCGAUCGCGUCUUCAAUUCUGGUGAUAUUUUAGUUAUGGAUGAAUUUGGAUACUUUUAUUUUAAGGACAGAACAGGUGAUACAUAUAGAUGGCGAGGUGAAAAUGUUGCUACUUCGGAAGUGGAGGCCGUCAUAAGUAAUGUGAUAGACCUCAAAGAUGCAACUGUAUUUGGUGUUGAGGUACCUGGGAAUGAAGGUAAAACAGGAAUGGUAGCUAUAUUUGACCCAAAAAAUUCUUUAGAUUUAAAGGGAUUGACAGGAAAGUUGAAGAAAGUUUUACCGAAUUAUGCCAUACCUCGUUUUAUUCGUAUUCUAUCAGAACUGCCUAUGACUGGAACGUUCAAAUUAAAAAAGAAGGAUCUUCAACGAGAUGCUUUUGAUAUUAAAAAGAUUAAAGAUCCAAUUUAUUUUCUUAACAAAGAUACCUACAUAAGGAUGACUGAUGAACACUAUAAUAAUAUCGUCAAAGGACAAAUCCGAUUAUAAUUCUUCGUGAUAUAUUUUCUGCAGAGAAACGUCAUUUUUAAUAUAAUUCGAAAUUUAGGGGCUUUAUUCUGUAACUCUUAACAUCUGUAACGGUAGCGUUAAAGUGUCUUUGCACAGAUUUUGUACAUGAUAGAAAAGUUAUUCAACUGUGACAUUACAGUUGUUAUAUUACAGUUGUUAAAAGUUAGUACAGAAUAGAUCCCUCUUAAGCCAGGUCUACAAUGAGUAGUCGCUCUUAGAAGUUGGCUGCUCACCAAAUCUAUUGAUUCACUGAUUUCGAUCAAUCCCGACUAUUCUUCAGAUUCGCUUCCAACUCACCAACUACAGACUUAUUGUAGAUCUAGACUUAAAAUUAAUUUUAAUGUUUUUUACGAUAUUCCAGUGUUAGUUGCAGAUUAAAUUAUACACAAUUAUCAAUACACAAUUAUUUUAUUGUGAACCAAUAAACUA